CCUUGAGGUCCCUCCUCCUUUUUCUAUCAGAGUUGAGCGUGGCACGACGCUAACUCAGCCUUGUAACUGCAUCCUGGUUGGGCAGAUACAUAUUCACUGCAUUUCUGAGGAGAUGCUGCGUCUUUUAACUCUGUCAUUAUUCCCCCCCCAGUGCCUUUAAGCCUGAAAGGACAUUGUAAUGGUUUCGGAGAAUGGAAACGGACGACGUGUCGGUUAGAGAGCAACUUUUCCACAACCGUGUCCGGGAGACCAUAAUCUGUGUACUCCUGUUUACAUGCCUGUACAUAGUGUCCUACCUCAUACUUACCCACUUCAAAAAGACUGCUGAGUUUGUCACUGAUGAUGCUGAAGAUGCCACUGUCAACAAAAUUGUGCUGUGGUUGUGCACAUUCACUCUAUCUGUUGCAGUGUGUGCUGUGCUCCUUCUCCCCAUCUCCAUUCUGUCCAAUGAGGUGCUGCUCACCUUCCCACAGAGCUACUACAUGCAGUGGCUCAAUGGAUCUCUUAUCCACGGCUUGUGGAACCUAGUUUUUCUUUUCUCCAAUUUGUCCCUGGUCUUCCUCAUGCCCUUUGCCUACUUCUUCACAGAGUCUGAGGGAUUUGCGGGGUCCAAAAAGGGCGUCAUGGCCCGAGUGUAUGAAGCAGCUGUCCUGCUGUUGCUGCUGGCUUUGCUUGUGCUGGGCAUUGUGUGGGUAGCAUCGGCGCUCCUCCAUGACAACUUGGCCAGGAAGAGCCUCUAUGACCUGUGGGAGUACUACCUUCCCUACCUGUACUCAGGCAUUUCUUUGUUUGGAGUGUUGCUGCUUUUGUUGUGCACUCCCUUUGGGUUGUCUCGAAUGUUCAAUGUAACUGGCAGCCUGCUAGUGAAACCACGGCUGUUGGAAGAUGUAGAAGAUACACUGAGCUGCACUACAUUUGAGGAAGAGUCACUUUCCAGGAAACUGAAGUGUGGCAGUACAUGCUGGGUCAAGCUGAACAUGGAGGCAAUGAAAAAAGAGUAUCUAACAGUCCAGAGCAAGCGCAUCGCUCUGGAGAUGCGCAGGAAAGCCUCCCCAUGGCAGAGAAACCUGGGCUAUCCACUGGCCAUGCUCAUGCUCCUCGCACUGACGGUGAUGUGUGUGCUGAUGGUCUGUUUCAAUGUGCUGGAGUUGCUCCUGGAUGAAACGGCUCUGCCCAGAGGAAUGGAGGACCCUCACCUGGGAAUGGCGUCUUUCUCCAUGUUUGGCUCACUGGGAGCUGCAGUUCAAGUAGUCCUGAUCCUCUAUCUAAUGGUGUCCUCAGUGGUAGGUUUCUAUAGUUCUCCUCUCUUCACUGGUCUCCUGCCUCGUGCACAAGACACCCACCUCACAGAGAUAAUUGCAAACUGUGUUUCCCUGCUCAUCCUCAGCUCUGCACUGCCAGUGUUUUCACGCACACUUGGGAUCACCCGCUUCGAUUUACUGGGAGACUUUGGUCGGUAUAACUGGCUUGGGAACUUCUACAUCGUCUUCCUGUACAACAUGCUGUUUGCUGGUCUCACUUCUGCCUCCCUGAUCAAGACAGUCACCUGGGCAGUUCAGAGGGAGCUCAUCCGUGCCUUUGGCCUCCACAGACUGCCUUUAACUGUAUCACGCUCCACCGUCCCCUUCAGGCUACUCCUGGCCAGUGGACUGUCUAAAAUCCAGUGACCUCUCCUUGCCACCAUUGCCCUCCCUAACCUUUAGAAACUGAGCCACUUCAAAUAUGCACCUGUUGGAUUAAAGGCCUAUGCAGUUCAGUCCUUUUGCCAGUUGAUAGAUGGGUCGGGUUAUCUGGUGUGAUGAGACCGGGGAAGGUGAAGUCUGUUUGCAGUGGGAGCUCUGCUUGAUGUUGUGCUCAGUGACACUAUAUCAGAGUCCAACUUUGUGCAGCUAUCUGACUGAAAGGACAAGUACUGGUGCAAGCGUUUAGCUGAGUCAUGGUUACGAGUGGAACAAGGGGAAAAGGGAUUACAUCCAUAUUGGUAGUCCUGCUGUAGUGGACAAUAGCAGACAAAUCCCCCCCUGCCUCCACAAACAUAACCCCUUUUGAAAAGAGGAUCCACUGGAUAGCUGUUGCUCUGUUGACACAUGAAAGUCAGUAGAGUUCAGGUUGACUGAGUGCUCUUUCUCUUCUUGGCUUCCCCACACUUUCCUCUCUUAGAUUGUACCACUAUUUUAAGAUUUGUUAUUUGACUUCCAUGUGUUUGGUGGUCUAGUCUGUGCCAGUGUUAUGUUAAGUAAAUGAGAGGAUGUUCUUAUUGGAAGCUAAUGGACACAGAGGUCCUUGUCUCUCUGUGCAUCCACAAGUUACACAGUGAAUAUAUGAGAGUAGGGUAAUGGUCUCAGUGCUGGAGCUCUUUUACAAACCCAGUUUAUUACUUGAAUAAGCCUUUUCCAUAGUGGUUUAUUGAGCAGGGUUUCUGUAGAUAACAGUAGUCUUGCGGAGUCUGAGAGCUAGUCUGUGAUUUAUAACAACACACUAAAGAAAGCUUUAAUUUGUCUCAAGCUAGAGCUUUGAAUGACACUCGUCAGGAGGCGGUUCGGCCUUAGACCAAUCAAACUGUGACGUAUUAAGACUUUGUGUGGGGAAGUGCAAUAUUUUAUAAGUAAAAGCACACUUUAUAACUUUACCAAAAUUGUUUUUAAAAAUCUUACAGGUAUAUAUCAUUUCUAUUAACUUGUGUGAGCAAGUUUUUUUUUUUAUUUUAUUUUAUUUUACUUGACACUGGGUGAAGCUGAAAAUGGUUUUCAGUUUCAAAAAGCAAAUGUAACUAUCAGUCCAGGAAAUCCUUUUAGUGUCAGUAGUUUUUAUAUUUUGACAACUUAAAUUCUGCCAUGUUCAUCAGCUGUAACCCAUCAUCCUAAAUGUGUAGGUUCCACCAUUUGCCUGCUGUAUCAGCAGGUUAUGAGCUGCUGGUUUGACCCGUAGGGGACAGUGUUUCUCAAACCCAACAACCUCUGUUGUGUCAGAUUCUCUCUCCGCUCAUUACAGCGUGUGUGGAGCACUCUGAGGUUUACUCCUGUCACUUUUUCUGGGAAUUUUCUUUUUGUUUAUGGGAACACAAAGUCUGUGAUGUACUGUUUUUAAUCAUUAUUUAUAGGCAUAUAUUUUGGAUCUAUGCUUGAUAUGCUGGGUCGUUACUGUUUUAGGAUUUUUUGCAGCUGUUAACACUGUUGAAUGUGAUACAGCUGAGGCAAAAAAAUCUUUAGUUUGUUCUCAGAUAAAAAAAAAAGUUUACUUUUGUUUCAAAUUUUUCUUAAAAAUGAAUUUUUAACCAUCAUUGCUUGAUGAACAGAAAGCAAUAAAAACCUCUCUUUUUAA